UAACCACAUGUAGUAACGUGUUGUGCCCUGCAUGUUUAGCAAGUUGGCAGAAAGAUUCUCUCUCUUGGUGACACAUUAAUCUGUGGCACUAAAGCCUCUGGUUGACUCGUCUUAUGAUUUACUCAUUUUACUUAUUUCCUGUUCUAUGUUGCUGCAGUUUUUGAACUAACGCAUGGAUACAUUGUGUUUUCUACCAGCAAUAAUAAAGGAAACAAACAAAAAAACACAUUUAAAUGUAGAUAUCUUUGAAACUUUGUUGUUGCAACUGAUCAAAUGUUUUACUUGCCUCCAGACAAAUUUCCUGUUUUUGCGUGUUUAGUUGACCUGCUCUGACCACAACACUCUCCAGUUACACUGUCAAAUCAUUUGAAUUUCAGUUUUUGUAAUGAAUUUCACAGUUGUUUCCAGACAUUUUCUACAAAAGUGUCGUUGCUCCUGACAAUCCACGUGUCUUUUGGACAGUUUCCUCUCUUCUGCCUCUCUGCAUGUCGGCAGACACCACGAGCUCUGCAGCAGACAAUCGUCUUCAAUUGUACAGCCGAGAACAAGAGAAACCCACCUCCAACAUGUCGCUCCUGACCCACCUGUUGGCAUGUCUGUUCGGGAUGGGCUCCUGGAUCUCCAUCAACGGCCUCUGGGUGGAGCUGCCCCUGAUCGUCCCCCAGAUCCCAGAAGGCUGGUACCUGCCCUCUUACCUCUCCGUCCUCAUCCAGAUGGCCAACAUUGGGCCUCUCUUCGUCACUCUGAUGCAUCGCUUCCGGCCCGGCGCCCUGAACGAAACAGCUGUCAUAUAUGUGAUCGUGGUCCUGGGUACUGUGGCCAGCUUCCUGCUGGGUUUCUUCUGGAAGGAGACUGUUGUUAUAGCUGGCGUUCCUCGCAGCGUCGCCCUCCUCCUCUUGACUUUCUUCCUCUCAGCUGUUGACUGCACGUCCUCCGUCACCUUCCUGCCCUUCAUGAUGCGUCUCAAGCCCCAGUACCUGACCACCUACUACAUAGGGGAGGGUAUGAGCGGCCUGUUGCCUGCUGUAGUGGCUCUGAUCCAAGGUGUUGGUGUGGUCCACUGCAUAAACAGCACCCAGUCCCUGAACGCCUCCAACAUCUCUGCAACCUUUGACCUCCAGGCUCAGUAUCAUCCAGCCAACUUCUCAGCUGAGGUGUUCUUCUUCUUCCUCAGCGCCAUGAUGGUGGUGUGCCUGGCGGCGUUCCUGCUGCUGAACUACCACCCGUCUGUGGCCAGGGAGCAUCCCAGCGGUCGAUACACCAACGGGGUGAAGGAGAAACCUCGGAAAAACAGGAAGUGGGCCGAGCAGACGCUCAUGAUGGAUCCAUACAGGCCUGCAAUCAAGAAGAUUAGCAGCUUUGGCUCCGGCUCUUACAGCUGGGUGCAGGUGAUUUACAUCUUUGUGAUUCUGGCCUGGGUGAACGCUCUGACCAACGUGGUGCUUCCCUCGGUGCAGUCGUACUCGUGCUUGCCAUACGGGAACAACGCCUAUCACUUGUCAGCCACCAUGGCGGCUGUGUCGAACCCCCUCGCCUGCUUCAUCGCCCUGUUCUUGCCUAUACGAUCUCUGCUGUUGAUGGGAGCCCUCACACUGAUAGGCAGUGGACUCGGAGCUUAUAUAAUGGCCAUUGCAGUGCUGAGUCCAUGUCCACUGCUGGUUCAUGAAACCUCAGGUGGUGUCAUCAUUGUGUUGGCCUGGGUCCUCUUUGUUCUCACUCUGUCCUACGUGAAGGUGAUCAUCGGGGUGAUCCUGCGCGACGAGGGCCACAGCGCCCUGGUGUGGUGUGGGGCCGUGGUGCAGCUGGGCUCCCUGCUGGGCGCGGUGACCAUGUUCCCGGUGGUCAGCGUGUACAGCUUCUUCUCGUCAGGAGACCCGUGCAACACAAAAUGUCCCUGAAUGUGAGACUGGAGGCUGAUACAGGACGGGCUUCAGAUCCUUCUUAGGCAGAUACUCAACAGAAGAAGCAUCUUUAAUGUUUUUUUUAUCAUCAAAGUUUAUUCAAUUUGCAACAUCUGAAUGUGAAUCUGUCUUUUGUUUUGUAUUAAUGACCAUGCUGCUUCCCACAGGAUGAACACAUUGAAUUUAUUAGUUACAGUUAUUAGUGAUGAAAUAACUCUUAUUGUAAAAACCUUUUUUCGACCUGUUUAUUUUUGCUUAAAGUGUAAUAUAAUGUACUUUGUGUUUAUAUGUGACUGGUUUAAAAAGGUCAAUGUAUGUAAAAAAAAAAAUGUAAUAAAGUA